GAUUACUAGUAUAUAUACAAGUUUCUGAAUUAUAAUGAUUAGUUAUUCAAGUCUUAGUACUCAAGUUAAUUAACUAAUUGUGUAUCUUUAUUAUUCAUUAAAAUGAAAUUCUUACUUGCCUUCAUCACCCUUAUUAGUAUGUCAUCAAUCAACGCUAAGCCCACUAGUGAACCUAGUGAUUUUGACCAUUCUCUCGUAGAAAUUGUUGAAUCAGUUGUAGUGGAAUGGGAGAUGACCAUUUCUAAUUGGGAUGCAACAGCUUCACUCGAGAAAAAUAUUCUAACCUUGUUUGACACAAUGAUCGACACCGCUACUUUACCGGGUUGGAAUUCUGAUGCUAGCGUUAAGGAUAACCUUUUCGCUACUCUUCAAUCACAAGUCCGAGAGCUUCCAGGUUUUGACGCCACCAAAUCGCUUUACCGAAACCUUAAUGUUACUGUUAUUACAUUCGUAAAUUCACUUCCCGUGCCAGAUUGGAUCCAAAAGAAAAAAAUCCAAGAGCAUAUCUUCCUCAACCUUAUCGAUUCCCUAAAAAAGAUCAAAUCUCCAGGAUUUGAUAUCUUCAAUAUGGUUGAUGAUAAUCUCAUUUCCUUGGUUGAUGACUCGCUUAAUAAUCUCGAAGGAUUAGAGCCAAAGGCUUCAGUGAAAGAGAUCGUUCAUGCUGCCGUUAAAAAAGCACUCAAACUUGUCCAAUUAUCAGGAUUCAGUCCAUCGAAAACUCUUGAACAAAAUGUUGCCGAUGUUCUCGUAAACCUUUUACCUUUCUAAUUUACUAUCGGUUAUUCCCAUCAUGUGUAAUGAGCGACUUCUAGCUGAGUUAUUACUGAUUAUGUUACAAUUACAAUAAAUAUACAAUUAUAAAGCAUCAAGAUCAUUCAAGAUCAA